GACUAUCUUUGGCACAUAUAGACAUUAUGGUUGGAUGCAAUCAAGUCCAUUGUGGUAGAAAGGCUACAAAAUGCGACGCUUUCUAUCGCCACAUCUCAAGUCAACUUCCUCACAACAACUUCCUCCGGCAGUGCCAGCUAUAAUCAAAAAUUCGCAGUAGACAGUAUGACUGACCUGCUCCCACCGCCCAAGAGACUUAAAGCUUCCGAAGAACUCUCUCCCGCUCAGCAAGACAAGGUGCACCAAAUGCUCCCCGCCAUCGAAAAACUCCGCGGCUAUAGCAACUUUGGCCAAUGGCUCGACGACGUCCAUAGAGCACUGGAGACAUGGCAGCUGGAGGACUAUAUCGAUCCCAGCGCUCCGAGACCUGCACCCGAUGACGACGACUACAUCUACUGGGUACAACAGGCAAACGUGAUCUUCUCUUGGCUGCACCUUCACACCUCGCCUACCAUUUGCGAAGACCCCAUUUUCGUUAGCCGCCAGCCACGACUUCCCGAAGACUUCAUCAACACUGUCAGGGACGUUGUGAGCCGUGUUAGCCUGGAGACAGCCACUAAUCUCUGGUGGUCAACUAUCCGCAUGGACCCUUUCGAUUAUAGAUCCCCCGACGGGUUCUUCGCCGCAUUCAGAGAUUUGGCGGAGCAGGCUAUUUUGGUCGGAGUCAUCACGCCUUAUCAAGCGUUCUUCGUCUUGCACCAGCACCUCCCGAAUCUGGAGAAUGUUUUCACACUGCCUUAUGCCAAGUAUAGUGACACCCUUCAUUGCUUCGGCAUGGCUGGCGAAUGCCCUAAAACCAUGACCGAGGAGACAUUCAAUCUGUUCUGUGAGCACAUUGAAGAGCUUCCUCAAAGCGCUUAUUGGACCUGGAAGCGCGUGGUUAUGACACUUUUUCAGAACCAGGGAUUCGUCCAAAUCGCUUAG